AAGGCACCACCAUUUGCACCAAAGCCUGCGAGAGACCCAAAGAGGCAUCAACAAUGGCUUUGGCAACUUCACUUUCCCCCACGACCCCUUUGGUCCAAGCCGGUUUGAACCCAUUAGGUUGGUCUGAUGAUCAGAUCCUUGAGAAAGUUUACAUCACCCACGUCCACACCGCUGAAAGGUACGAUGUUGAGUCGCUUUUCAACGUUGCUUCCAACAUCAUCAGGCGUGCCACUGCUGUUGCUGAUACUGUGGCUGUUAAGACUGGUACACCCGUUGGUGUUAUUGAGGACAAGGUUCCUUUGUCCACUUUCGACCCACCGUUCCUUAAACUUAAGCAUAUUGCUUCUCAGAUGAUGAACACACCUCACGGUGAGCAUCACGCACACCAGACAGCGAUGUCGAUACUUGAACAGCUGAAAAGCUACUCGUGGGAUGGGAAAGCAAUAAUAGUCCUGGCUGCUUUGGCUUUGGAGUAUGGGAAUUUCUUCCACCUCGUCCAGGUUCCAACCGGAGACCACCUUGGAAGAUCACUGGCUCAAAUAAAUCGAGUUCACAUCAUCGAGAGGAACAGGCAAGCCGUUGCUGAUUAUAACAGUUUGGUGAAGAACUUGUUGAUCGCGGUCGAGUGCAUCACUGAGUUGGAGAAGCUUUCCACCAAAGGUUAUGACUUAAAGGAUGUGCCUGCGUUGGCUGAAGCCAUGCAAGAGAUCCCUGUUGCUGUCUACUGGGCAAUCGUCACCACGGUUGUCUGUGUUAAUCAUUUUGAUUUCCUCCUCGGUGAAUCGGAUGAUAGGUAUGAAAUAGCGAAUUUUGACGACAAGCUUGCCGCCGUCAUCAGCAAAUUAAAGGCGAAUCUGACCAGGAGCAGAAAGAAAAUAGGUGACCUAGAAGACUACUGGAGGCGUAAGAAGUUGCUCCAAACUCCCACAGAAAUUGUAGAGGUUCUCAAGGUUCUGAUCUACCACAAUGAAGUUCACGACCCCUAUGUUUUUGAUGGCCUCACUAGACAAAUGGUUACCCUCGAAGUGUUUAGGAAGAAACACGUGUUACUGUUCAUUUCGGGCCUGGACAGCAUUAGAGACGAGGUUCGGCUUCUGCAAUCUAUCUAUGAUGGAUUGCAUGAAGACCCUAAGGAGGUGAAAGGAUACAGGAAGGAGGACUUCAAGAUUCUGUGGGUCCCAAUUGUGGAUGAAUGGAAUCUUCUACACAAGGCAGAGUAUGAUAAUCUGAAGCUUGAAAUGCCAUGGUACGUGGUGGAAUACUUCUAUCCCUUAGCAGGAAUCAGACUCAUAAGAGAGGACUUGAACUACAAGAACAAGCCCAUCAUCCCUGUGCUGAACCCUCAAGGAAGAGUGGUUAACUACAAUGCUAUGCACAUGAUUUUCGUGUGGGGCAUCGAUGCCUUCCCUUUCAGACCCUCUGAUGAUGACGUCCUUACCCAGAAAUGGAAUUGGUUCUGGGCCGAAAUGAAGAAAGUCCAUCCAAAGCUACAAGACAUCAUCAAAGCAGACAAUUUCAUCUUCAUCUAUGGAGGCAGUGACAAGCAGUGGAUGCAAGAGUUCAGUCUGGCAGUGGAAAAGAUGAAAAGGCACGAGAUCAUCAAGAGGGCAGACGCAGUAAUAGAGCACUAUCCCUUUGGAAGAGACGAACCAAGGAUCGUUCCUCGCUUCUGGAUUGGCAUAGAGAGCUUGUUCGCCAACAUGAUUCAGAAGACACACAAAGACCCUACAAUUGAUGAAAUCAAGAGCUUGCUUUGCCUCAAACAACAACAACCAGGGUGGGUUCUUCUCAGCAAGGGCUCAAACGUGAAGCUUCUGGAGCGUGGGGAACCAAUGCUUGCCACUGCAGCUGAUUUUGAGAUAUGGAAAGACAAGGUGCUGGAGAAAGCAGGGUUUGACGUGGCUUUCAAGGAAUACUUUGAGCACAAGCGUUCCGACUACCCUCAGGAAUGUUCACACAUGCAGUUGGCUAACUAUCCUGCGGAUAUUCUUCACCCCAUUAAUUGCCCGGAUGCUACUUGUGGCAGAUCCAUGGAAAUUGCUUCUGUUAGCUACAAGUGCUGCCACGGUAUCACUCACAAUAAGGCUGAAAUUCCCGAGAGCGGUGAUGUCAUGAUUGAGAAGAAGUACGCUCCUUCUUGAAUGUUGAGUUAGUUUGGCGGAGGGAGAGACGAACUUACAACUUUGGUAUUCAUUUUGUGUGCACUGCUUUGUCAUAUUAUCAUUUUUUACGUGUCGAAUGCUGUGGUGAAGCCUCUUCUGUGCCCUUGUGUGGGUUGAAAAUAACGGCUUCCAACACCGUCUGUUUGUUUUAAUUUACUGAAUUGAUUUUGAUUCAAUUAUAAAGAAAAGAGUCGGGCUUGCACAAAAUCGAA